CCCGUGGAAGGCAGGGGGCGCGGGUCAGAUGCCGGCUCCGAGGGGGUCUGUCGGUGGCUGGGCCCCGGGGCGGCACCGCCCGGGUCCGAGGGGCAGGGCAGGGCAGGGCGCCGAGUCCCAGCACCGCAGCCCCGCCUCAGUCCCCCACAAGGGCGGCGGGGAGCGGCCGGGCAGCCCCGGCGGCCUCCGCCUCCUCCGCCGGCGCGGGAAAGGACAGCAGCUAGAGGGAGCUCCUCCGACUGCAUCUGCCCGUGCGCCCCGGCUCCUUUCAUAGGCUCCCCCGCCCCCUCCCCUCCCUCCUUCCCCCGUGAUGGCGGAGGACAGCGAGUCUGCGGCUAGCCAGCAGAGCCUGGAGCUGGAUGACCAGGACACCUGCGGUAUAGACGGCGACAAUGAGGAGGAAACCGAGCACGCCAAGGGAAGUCCUGGAGGGGAUUUGGGAGCGAAGAAGAAGAAAAAGAAGCAGAAGAGAAAAAAGGAGAAACCAAAUUCUGGAGGCACCAAAUCAGAUUCUGCAUCUGAUUCCCAGGAGAUUAAAAUUCAACAGCCUUCAAAAAAUCCAGCCAUUCCAAUGCAGAAGCUUCAAGACAUCCAGAGAGCAAUGGAGCUGCUCUCUGCAUGCCAAGGCCCAGCAAAGAAUAUUGAUGAGGCUACCAAACGUAAAUACCAGUUUUGGGAUACGCAACCUGUACCUAAACUUAAUGAAGUUAUAACUUCACAUGGUGCGAUUGAACCAGAUAAGGACAAUGUCCGCCUAGAGCCAUAUUCUUUGCCACAAGGGUUUAUGUGGGACACAUUGGAUCUUAGCAAUGCUGAAGUUCUGAAGGAGUUGUACACACUGUUAAAUGAGAAUUACGUAGAAGAUGAUGAUAAUAUGUUUAGGUUUGAUUAUUCACCUGAAUUUCUUCUGUGGGCACUACGUCCUCCAGGCUGGUUACCCCAAUGGCACUGUGGGGUUAGAGUGUCUUCAAACAAAAAACUGGUAGGAUUCAUAAGUGCCAUCCCUGCAAAUAUUCGUAUUUAUGACAGUGUGAAGAAAAUGGUUGAAAUCAAUUUUCUGUGUGUCCAUAAGAAAUUGAGAUCUAAACGGGUAGCACCUGUGCUGAUUCGGGAAAUAACCAGAAGAGUAAACCUAGAAGGAAUUUUUCAGGCUGUUUACACUGCUGGAGUGGUACUCCCCAAACCUGUGGCCACUUGCAGAUAUUGGCAUCGAUCACUGAAUCCCAGAAAACUGGUGGAGGUGAAAUUUUCACAUUUGAGUAGAAACAUGACUCUACAAAGAACAAUGAAGCUCUACAGACUUCCUGAUGCCACAAAGACUUCAGGUUUGAGACCAAUGGAACAAAAAGAUACUAAAGCAGUACAAGAAUUAAUCAACGCUUACUUGAAACAGUUUAAUCUUGCUCCUGUGAUGGAUGAAGAAGAGGUAGCCCACUGGUUCCUGCCUCGGGAUCAUAUUAUUGACACUUACGUAGUAGAGGGCUCAAAUGGUACUUUAACAGACUUCCUGAGUUUCUACACAUUACCUUCAACAGUGAUGCACCAUCCUGUUCAUAAAAGUCUCAAAGCUGCCUACUCCUUUUACAAUAUUCAUACAGAGACCCCCCUCUUGGACUUAAUGAAUGAUGCACUCAUUAUAGCUAAAUUGAAAGGAUUUGAUGUGUUCAAUGCACUAGACUUAAUGGAAAACAAAACAUUCCUGGAAAAACUCAAGUUUGGGAUUGGAGAUGGAAAUUUGCAGUAUUAUUUGUACAACUGGAGGUGUCCUGGCAUGGAAUCUGAAAAGGUUGGUCUUGUAUUACAAUGAGGACACUUACGUUUCUAGAACUCUGAGGUCAUCAUUUGAGUUAAUUUGAUCUCCAUAACUCUUGGAACCGUAUUGUUCAAGAGGAGUAAAAGCACAACGUCAGUGAUACUGAAAUAGUCCAUUAAACCUGAACAAUGAAGACAUCCAUAUGUGACCAAAUUUAUGCAUUUUCAGAUAGAUCAGAAGGUCCAUGAAACUCUGCUGUUGUCCAUGAAAAGAAUAAAAGCACAUUCAUUUAAGUUUCAAAGCUUAGCUCGCACCUUGAUGAGAAGAAGGUAUUUUUUUUUUCCACUCUGUAGAAAAGACUGUUUUGUACAAACUGAACUUCAGUGGUGGAUUAGGGUACAAAAAUAUUUGCUAUUAUGUGGAUGAACUGCUGCAUUUCUAUUUAUUAAGUGGUGGUGUAUGUUUGUCAGUGUAACAGAAUGAAGGAUACAAACUUGAGUAUCUUUGCUUAUUUACUUCACGUGGAUAUCAUCAUUUGGGGGAAAAUCACGAAGUAUGAUACGUUUGUAGCUCUAUGAAAGUCCUGGAUGUUUUUGUAACUGGAGCAGUAUGACAAUGUACUGGUUUACCUAGUGCAUUUGUUUCUCCAUAAGCAACGCUGCCAAAUCAAUAAAAAUACAGAUUUGUACUUUGAUCUUCAAUAGAUCAGUGGAUUGAUUUAACAGUAUCGCACUGUUCAGUGCAGGUGUUAUCUAUGUUGCCGGAAUGAUAAUACAUUACUGUACUUAAUUUACAGUUGUGGCACAAAACCUUAGUUUUUCCUCAGUAGAGUAACAUCAGCCUGUGUGUAAAACUAAGAACUUUAGUAGUGCUAUCAGGAUAUUUAUAGUUUGAAUGUUUUCAACGCUUCUGCGAAAUUGCACAUAUUCCUUUGUCUACUUUGAUUUCCUAUGAAGUCUGUAAUUCUAAUGAAAAGUAUCUUGUGUAAAUACGUAUUCAUAAAUUGUU